AUGAUCGAUACGGGCAAUGGAAAAAGCUUUGCCGGAACCAUUUUUGGUGCGUCUUCAACAGUUGGGCAUUCUUCUAAGUCAGAAACAGACGAAGUAACAGCUCAUGAUUGUGGAAAUGGAUGUUUCUAUGUUGAUACGCCUGGUUUUGAUGAUACUAAUGAGGAUGUGGAGAAAAAUAUUACGAAAUUGACCACAAUCAUGUGGAAUCCUCAAGCAUAUCGGAUACAUCCUGGUAAACUUCGUGAUGGUGAGGAGUAUGAAGAACAAGACCAUAGUCCUGGCGCGAAUUUUAUCCGAAUAAUUACCAUUGGUAUCCUCGAUCCUCAUGAAACGAAAUGUAGGCCUUCCUAUUAUAGUUGUUGUAAUGGUGAAAGAGGCUCGCCAGGAUGUGAUUAUAAGUGUUGCGACAACAACCCGGGUUUUGUGUGUUGUCGAAAGGGUGACGAUGGUUGCAUGAUUGGACAUAAAUGUUGCAAUAGCGCGAAUGGAAUUAGAGAGAGACCACAAAGGUGUUGUCCGGUUUGUGAGGAUUGCAGUGAAGAUUUAAAUUUAGACAGAUGUAAAAAGGUUUGCAGAAAUUGCAAAGAAAUUCAAUCUGCAAUUACCGGAUGUAUUACGACGUCUCAUGAUUUCGAACUUGAUGUGUCUCCAAUUAAUUCUUGGGCUUAA